AUGGCUUCCUCGGUGCAAGGAGGAUACUUUCCCAUUUAUCCAGUCCAAGACCUCCUUCCGGACCCGGAGAUCCGGACCUUCAUCACCAACUUUUAUCACAUAUCGGACAAGCCGGACUCCAACGAGCUCUGGGUCAGCCAUUUUACCGAAGAUGCCCAUGUCACCAUGGGUAAUGAUACGGGCCAUGGUCAAGAAGCGAUUCGGGAGCUCCGCAGCCGAAUGUGGAAUGUCGUGGCUGAGCGCAAACACACGGUGAAAAAGGUCUUUCCGGCCAAGUUUCUGGACGAGGACGGCGAGUGUGAAUGCAUGCUGUUUGGCGAUGUGCAUCUCAAGACCAAAGAGGGCCAGGAACUUGUCGUGCCGUGGGCCGGACACGCCACUCUGACCAAGGUUGUCGAUGGCUUGAAGGAGGAGUGGAAAUUCGCGCAGUAUCGAGUUUGGCUUCAGAGGUGA